AUGACUUCGGUGAGAGUUCUUUUAUCCUUAGUUGUGAGCUAUGAUUGGCCUCUGUAUCAAUUUGAUGUUAAGAAUGCAUUCCUGAAUAGUGAUCUCACUGAAGAGGUAUAUAUGUCCCUUCCACUUGGUAUAUAUGGUAAGGAAAUGCAGGGGAAGGUGUGUAGAUUGAAGAAAUCACUUUAUAGUCUAAAACAAUCUCCACGUGUUUGGUUUGACAAGUUUAGGGUUGCUCUUAUUCAGUUUGGCUACACUCAGACUCAAUCAGAUCAUACCCUCUUUGUUAAGAAAAAAGACACUCUGGUGAUAUUCCUUAUAGUUUAUGUAGAUGAUAUUGUGGUUACUAGCAAUGAUAUAGAAGAAGUUAGUGCUCUCAAAAAGUUUCUCAGUUCUAAAUUUGAAAUUAAAGAUUUAGGGGAGUUGUGGUAUUUUCUGGGCAUUGAGGUUGCUAGGUCCAAGGAAGGUAUCUUUAUUUCUCAACGAAAGUAUGUGCUAGACCUUCUUACUGAGACUGGAAAACUUGGUACUAAACCUGCCUCUACCCCUAUUGAUGUGAAUCAUAAGCUCUCAACUAAUGAUGGAGAACUUUUAGCUGACAGGGGAGUGUUUCAGAGAUUACUGGGAAAACUUCUUUAUCUAUAUAUGACUCGUCUAGACAUUUCAUAUGCUAUGAGUGUCAUCAGCCAGUUCAUGCAUGCUCCUAGAGAGACACAUAUGACUACUGCAAAAAAGGUGUUAUGCUACCUUAAGGGAACCCCUGUGAAGGGUAUAUUAUUUGCUAAACAUAGACACAUGAAGAUAGAAGUAUAUACAAAUGCUAAUUGGGUAGGAAAUGUGGAUGGCAGGAGAUCUACAUUAGGAUAUUGUGCUAUGGUAGCCGGAGAUAUUGUUUCUUGGAGUAGCAAAAAGCAAACAGUGGUUGCUAGAUCUUCAUCUAAGGCAAAGUAUAGAGCUAUGGCCCAUGGUGUUUCUGAGUUGAUAUGGCUUAAAUCUCUCCUUAAUGAGAUGGGUGUUUCAUGUGGCAGUCCUGUGUUGUUCACGAAUCACAUAGGUGGUUACACAUCUGCUCAGCCUGUUCCAAAUCAACAUGAACCAAACCUGUUACAAGAAAAUAAUGAACAAUAA